CCAUCAGAUAGUAUAUAGUUCCCAUCCCACAUCAAACCAUAAUCAUCACGUCUCUUCUACAUCAAACCAUUCUAUAUCCUCUUUCUCUUUCUUUCUCUCUAUCCUUUAAUAUUCCUCAUCAAUUUUCACUUUUUUUCUUUCUUUCUUUCUUUGUUACAUGGAUCUUUCAGAAACAUCACUCUGGUGGACUCAACAACAUCAACAACAACAACCGAUGUUAUUAGUCGAACCAACAUCUUGGUCUCUCCAUCACCACCAACCUCCAUGGUUCAAUUCUCAAAUCCAUGAAAACACACCCCAUUACAACCUCAAAAACAUAGAAGAUGAAGAAUUAGACACCACCACCACCGUCGUAGAACCCGAAGACGAAAAAGAAUCAAUGUUUGAGAAACCCUUAACUCCUUCUGACGUAGGAAAACUCAACCGUCUUGUUAUCCCAAAACAAUACGCUGAAAAAUACUUUCCACUCGGCGGAGCAGACUCCGCCGAGUGCAAAGGACUUUUACUAAGUUUUGAAGAUGAGUCAGGGAAGUGUUGGCGUUUCCGUUACUCUUAUUGGAACAGUAGUCAAAGCUAUGUUCUAACAAAAGGUUGGAGUCGUUAUGUCAAAGAUAAACGACUCGAUGCUGGCGAUGUCGUUCUGUUUGAACGACAUCGUGUUGAUAGUCAGAGACUUUUUAUCAACUGGAGGAGGAGGAGUGGGGAUGAUCAGUCGGCUUAUGUUAGCAGAGGAGUGGGACAUCAUGGUAAGGGUAGUGAUGGGAAUGGUAAGAAUGAGGUUGUUAAUGGUGUAGGGUGGUCCAGAGGGUUCUAUUCUGCGCAUGUUCCUUAUCCUACGCAUCAUCAUCAAGUCUUGCCAUACCAACAUGAUCAAUGUCUUCAUGCAGGUAGAGGGUCCCAAAGUCAGAACCAAAGGACGAAACCGGUGGGAAAUAGUUCAAGUUCAACUUCUAGUUCAAGGGUACUUAGGUUAUUUGGGGUCAACAUGGAAUGCCAACCUGAACAUGAUUCUUCAACACCUCAAUGUUCUUAUGAUAGUAACAAUAAUAUGCCAUUAACACAAGGUACUAUAGAUACCUACCAAUAUCAUCAACCUUCUAAUUCCAAUUCUCACCCUCACGUGGUACGUCACCAACCAUAUUACUACUAGAUAUAUGUACCAUCUUCGAGGUUGGGUUCUAAGUUAUUUUUGUCUUAGGUGUAAGAUAUUAAUUAACUAUGUAUCGACUUUUGUUAAUUAGUUUAUGCAUUAAUCUUUUGAUUAACAUGAAAAGGAAUUGUUGGUCGAUUAUUGAGGAUCUUUA